GGUCCCCAGAGCUAUACACCAACGUACUUCUCAAGCUGCUCCUCUCUGACGUCAGAGCUCAGCAUUCAACGGCCGCACGAUGAGCGCAAAAAUGUGGGAACCUGACGCGUUGGACUUGCCUGAAGUGGCGUCGGAGUUGGCCAGCGUGUUCGAGUGCCCCGUGUGCCUCGAUCUUAUCAUGCCGCCCAUCGUCCAGUGCGUGAACGGCCAUCUACUGUGCUCCCCAUGUUCGAUGAAAAUUUCCUCCGUUUGUCCACUUUGCCGGGAACAGAUCAGCCACGUCCGUGCCUUGGCUAUGGAGAAAGUGGCAGGAAAGCUUCCCUACCCGUGCAAGUAUUCGUCUAAUGGUUGCACUGCUCAGGCGCUCCUGAAUCAGAAGCUGGAUCAUGAGAGGACGUGUGAUUUCAGAACGUGUCCCUGCAUAUUCACGGAGGAGGCGACGUGCACGUGGAUCGGCACUGGUGAGGCGAUGGUUGCGCACGUCCGUGAAGUCCACCAGGACUGCCCCAUAGUCAAUGGCGACAAGAUGAAGUUCGUCGCCAACAACGUGGACAGCAGAGGUCCAGGCGUGUGGAAGAAAGUUCAGUCGUGCCUCGACCAAAUAUUCGUGGUCGUUCUCUCGCGCGAAUGCAACCACGUCAACCAGUUCUAUCUGCUGGUACAGAUCCUGGGUACUCUGAAGGAGUCCGAGAAAUUUGUCUGCCAGCUUAAGGUGAGAGGAGAAGGUCGCCUGCUCACGUGGUCGUCGCCGCCGAGUUCCAUCGUGGAAGGAGUUGAAGCGGUUAUCGCACGAAGAGACUGCCUCGUCUUCGGCGCGCAAACCUUCACCUGCGACGGGAAUCUGACCGUCGAUGUUACCGUGACCGUCGACGUUAGAGAAACUAUAUAGUACAUUCUGUAUCGGCCGUGGUUUUUGCCGAAAGAAGUGAAGCACUCGGUCG